UGAAGUGGACCGGCGAGGGCGCUGUAGCCUGAGCGACCUACACGCAGAAGAAGAAAAACGUGAAGUCAUGGCGGCUGACAGUUUGUAAUGAGCCAACAAAAACACUCAAGACUCCUGCAAGUUGGACCCACAACGUUGAAACCAGGCGCGGGGAUAAAACAUCGGUGGUCAAGAUGUUGAUAACUUUGAAAACCCUCCAGCAGCUGACGUUUAAAAUCGACAUCGACGAGGAGGAGACGGUGAAGACUCUAAAAGAGAGGAUCGAACAGGAGAAGGGAAAGGACAUUUUUUCCGUUGCUGGACAGAAGCUGAUCUAUGCCGGUAAAAUCCUCAACGAUGACACGGCCCUCAAGGAGUAUAAAAUCGAUGAGAAGAACUUUGUGGUCAUCAUGGUGACAAAGCCUAAAACAGCCUCGGCCACUCCACAGCCUUCACCCUCGCCUUCUACUUCAGCUCCCAGCAGCACAACUCCCGCGGCGCCUCCCGCUUCUUCGUCUGUCUCGGAAAACACAAUCGCGCGCCCCUCUACAGACGACAAACCGGAGGAGAGACAGUCCUCUGCUGCUGAACCAGCUUCCUCCCCAGUCGGAAGCUCUGAGGCAUCAACAAACACAAACCUACUUGAUGAGGCAGUUUCAAAUCUAGUGACAGGCCCGUCAUAUGAUGCCAUGGUGAACGAGAUGAUGCUCAUGGGCUACGAGAGGGAGCAGGUGGUGGCAGCUUUGAGAGCGAGCUUCAACAACCCAGACAGAGCUGUGGAGUACCUGCUUACGGGUAUCCCAGGCAGAGAUCAGGGCAAUGUGACCGGCCCUGAUGCAGCGGUGUCUCCAGUGAGCGGAGUUACAGCUGCAUCGACAGGUGGUAUUAUCGUCCCAGCCAACACUGGCUCUUCACCAGGUGCUGGAGUCAAUCCCCUGAGUUUCCUGAGAAAUCAGCCCCAGUUUCAUGUGAUGCGACAGCUGAUCCAACAGAACGCCGCCCUGCUCCCGGCUCUGCUGCAGGAGAUCGGCAGAGAAAACCCCGAGCUGUUGCAGGAGAUCAGCAGCCACCAAGAGCAAUUCAUCCAGAUGCUGAAUGAGCCCAAUCCAGAGGCUGUGCCAGUCAGUGGCGAAGGUGGAUCGGGAGGUGGAUCCGGGGGAGCCGGAAGAUUGGGGGUGGAUGCACCUGGCGGAAGUCACACGAGCUACAUUCAGGUCACUCCGCAGGAGAAGGAGGCCAUCGAGAGGCUAAAAGCCUUAGGAUUUCCAGAAGGACUUGUUAUACAAGCGUACUUUGCUUGUGAGAAGAACGAGGACUUGGCCGCCAACUUCCUUUUACAACAGACCUUUGAUGAUUGAGCGCCAUCCUUAUUUUUGAUUGAUUUUCCUUAUUUCUUCCUCUACUUUUUGUGUACAACAAAGCCUUUUACAUUUCCAAAAACAGUUUAUUCACCACUUCCAUACUUUCUAUUAAUAACACUGGAUGAUUAUCACAUUGACGGGCUGUUGUUUGUGAUCAGUUUGAAGUGGACAAACGAUGAAGGAACAGUUAGGGUGCAUCAAAUCACAUGCAUGCAAUUUUUUUUCAACACUAGUGAAGUCAAUAUGGUUUCCACUGGCAGUAUGUUUCCUAAGUGGGGUGGGGUCAGGGUAGAUCUGAAAGGUAUCCAUGCACUAUUGUUCUUGUUUUUGUUUUUUUAAUUGAGGAGUAAUGAAGAUAUACAAAAAUUAAAGCUGUGGAUAUCCAACA